AUGGUAAAGCUGAUAANAGAGAAUUAAGUUUAAUUUUAUGCUGUUGAAAUUAUUAUCGCCUUAGAAUAUAUACAUGAUUCUAAAAUCUUAUAUAGAGAUCUUAAACCAGAAAACAUCCUCUUAUGUUAUGAUGGCCAUAUCAAAUUAAUUGAUUUUGGAUUAUCUAAAAUUAUCAGCAAUCGAGAUAAACCAUCCUUUUCUAUAGUAGGAACUCCAGAAUAUCUUGCUCCUGAUAUAUAUAUUCAGAUGAUUAACUUGGCCAUGAUGAAUCCUGUGAUUGGUGGAGUUUGGGAGCUUUGA